UUCUGGCAUUACGUCAAUUGUGGAGAUCUUGUUCGCUCGUUCGUUCGUUCGUUUGCUCGCUCGCUUGGGAGGAGGUGCCGUGGCCGCCAUUGUUUCAGCGCCUUCGUAUUUUGGGAGGAGGUGUAUCAUCGUAGUAUCGAGGAAGACCUACUUCAGGAUUUAAUCGAGUUCCCGGGUGAACCUUCGCUUAUCAACAAGCGUAUCGCGCCCGACACCCAAGAGCCAAGAGUUCGCAGCGUAGCAUGUCCACAAUGAAUCCCGAAUACGACUAUUUGUUCAAACUGCUCCUGAUCGGCGAUUCUGGAGUUGGAAAGUCGUGCCUUCUGCUGCGCUUUGCUGAUGACACCUACACCGAAAGUUACAUCAGUACUAUUGGUGUGGAUUUCAAAAUCAGAACAAUUGAUCUAGAUGGGAAGACUAUAAAAUUGCAAAUAUGGGAUACUGCAGGACAGGAACGAUUUAGGACGAUUACAAGUUCAUACUAUCGCGGUGCGCAUGGUAUCAUCGUCGUUUACGAUUGUACAGACCUGGAGUCUUUCAGUAAUGUUAAACAAUGGCUUGAGGAAAUCGACCGCUAUGCCUGUGAUAAUGUCAAUAAGCUGUUGGUCGGCAACAAAAGUGAUCUCCACAUGAAGAAAGUUGUUGACUACACAACAGCAAAGGAAUAUGCGGAUCAAUUGGGUAUCCCGUUCCUGGAGACAUCAGCAAAGAAUGCGAAUAAUGUAGAGCAGGCUUUUAUGACGAUGGCCUCUGAAAUCAAGUUAAGAGUGGGACCUCCAUCAAGUGCAGCUAGCGACCCAGCCAACAAGGUGCAGAUUGACCAAGGACGUCCUAUUGAGACUUCAAAGUCCGGAUGUUGCUGAAACGUUUAAUUCUAUACUCUGCCAAAACGAAGCAGUGUCGCUGUGCAACGUUACAGUGCAACCUUUUGUGGGGAAACUAAAAACAACUAGAAACACAGCAAUUGUGGGUGUCUUCAUUUGAUAUAACAAAAAAGAAAGAAAGAAGGGAAAUACGAAACAAUGCCAUCCACGGACCAUCAACUUCGCGCGAACCUAAGUUGUAUUAAUUUCUUUGUUUUACAUUAAAAAAAAAAAAGAAAAGAAAGAAAUCUUAACAUACAUUUUUCACAUGUAUAAGUGGCAUUACGAUCAAUCGUAGGAAGGAAUGAAAAAAAAAUAACAAAAAGAGGUUUGUUGCAUUAGUCUCGUAAACGUCGAUGGAACGCGAAAGCGCGGUACUGGCAAUUCAAGUUUAUUAAAUAACAAUUGUGUACGAUUAUUAUAAAAAUAAGCACCUUUAUUUUUUAGCCUAAUUGUAAUAUGUAUAGAUAGAUACUUGUGGUCCAGUAUAAGGCCUUUCUCCUCCCUACUCCUCAUCCAUCCCCCACUAGAUUCCAAAAGUUCAACAAAAAAUCUCAUUCCAUGCAUUGUCCAUGUACAACACAAGCAUAUACACUACUACUCUGUCAUCAGCUUUUUUUGUUCUUUUUCUUAAUUCAAAAAUUAAUGUUUGGCUCUACCGAGGCGCCUGCACGGGGAUUCCCCUACUUCACUAUUGUAAUUUAAUAAUAUAACAAUAAACAUUUCGAUUUAGUCAA